UUGUUUUUCUCCCUUGGAAUUCUGGCUUUAACCCUAGGUUGCCACGAGUUCUUGCGCCUGAAAUCUCUUUCAGACAAGACUAGUGCUGUAAUUGUCGGUCGGUGUGACCUCUUUCAUCGUCUCAUCCGUUCAAAUCCUCUCGGAAUUCAGUUGCAGCGUCCCUUAUUUCUAGUAACCCCUUUUUCCAGCCUGAAUUCCUGAAGAUUUCAUAUCUCUAGGGAUCAUGAAGAUAAAUAUUUGGCCAAAAAUUUAAACCAACUGACACCAGAUCCUGAUGGCAUUGGAAGUUCAAUCUCCUUCAAAGGACAAUGAGUUGUUGAAGGAUGGAGAUUGUUUACAUUCGCCCUCUUUGAUUGAUACAGACAGUGCAAAGCCUGCCAAAAGACAGACACGUCAAUGGGCAGCUUGGACGCGCCAAGAGGAGGAAAACUUUUUCAAUGCAUUACGACAAGUUGGCAAGAAUUUUGAAAAGAUCACAUGCCGUGUUCAAAGUAAAAAUAGAGAUCAGGUGAGGCAUUAUUACUACCGUCUUGUACGACGCAUCAACAAGCUUCUUGCUCCUGGCUUUUCUCUCGAUGCAAAAAAUUCGAAGGAUACCAUUGCUGCCAUGCUUCGAUGGUGGUCUUUACUUGAAAAAUUUAGCUGCAGUGCCUCGAAGCUUCAUUUGAAACCAAGGAGGUUCAAGAUAUUCAUAGAAGCUUUGGAAAACCAACUCUUGAAGGACCGGAACAAGACUAGAAAGAGGCACCCUUCUCAAGGAGAAAAUUCUUCAUCUGCACCUUCGACAAUGUUUCUUAGUAAGGCAGCAGAAACUGAUGCCCACCCAGUGAAAUUGAUUGAUGUUGAUACUCAAAAUGCUCCAAAGAUAAAAGCUACUAAAGGUGCCUCGUGGAGGCGCAGUGGAGCAGCCAUCACUUUCAAUAAAGAGGACUUGUCCACUCAAAAAAUUGUGAGGCAAAAACGAAGAACAGGUAUGGGUGUAUCUGCUGCUUGUAAAAGAUGGGAGAAGGCUGCAAUGGCUGGUAUUUCACUGGUUGCUGAUGCUGCUGAGCAGUUGGAGCAUACAAGUAAUGGAAGAGAUCAUCAACAAACUUUCAAUAUGCAUUGUCCAGGGAAAAAAAAUAUUAAUGUUUCUGUAGACAUCACACACCCUCCUCCCCCUUUUCUGUUGGGAGAAACCUGCUCACAUCAGAUCAGAAAAACACUUGUACAUCCUUCUGGAAAACUGAAGCUGCAGUUAUUCCCAAUUGAUGAAUAUACCCGCAGAGCACUUGAAAAGGAUUCCCAAAAUCCGCACCUUGAGCUUACUUUAAGUGCUCGGAAAAGGAUAUCAUCAGUUCUUGAACAUCUCAACCGCAAAUGGGGCAACUCAAGCAUAGCAUAUGGGGAACUCGUUCUUUUUCCCUAUAUUAUUCAGCAGAGAGAUAUAGCAAGUUGCCAGAAAUGGACCAUUGAAGACACUGAUGCAAGUGCAGCAGAUGUGUAUGCUACAAUUGGUAGCCCUACUAUUUUCCGAUUAAGGUAUGGCUGGUUCCCAGUUGCAGCCCAUAGUUCAGAGACCAUUCCCAUAACUUGUGAUGUUCCUCAUCUUGACAAGAGCAUCCAAACAAGAGCAAACCACGAAGGUUAUGCCAGAACAGAGCGAAGAGAAGGCCUUCCUGACUCCUGUGGACAAACCCCUUGCAUAUUUGAAAAGGAAGAUAGAGAUGAUGAUAUUAUUGAACAGAGAACGAGAAAUGAUGCAACAUUUUCGGCUGGGCAAUGGGCUGAUAGUCUUAUGAGUGUUGGAGAUUUACUGUCUGAAGCAUCAAAAGCUGCCAAUUUUGGUUCUACUUAUGCUGCACCAAAUCCAGAGCAAAUGCAAUCUAGCUAUGAUUCAUUUGAUGCAGCUAUUGCUGCACAGAUAGCCGGGCAGCAGUCACCUGGAUCACCAACUAGGUUGCCUCAGUCCAUCUGGCAUGCUGAAGAAACUUGCGAUGGGUUCUCCUUCCGGUCAUUCCCAGAUGCCAAGCGAGAGGAUUCAAACCCAUUGAUUAGUUCCUCUAAUUUUGUUUUAAGAGAGAACACUUGUACACAUUCCUUGGCCUUUGAGGAUUAUCUUAAGGAUCUUGUUGAAUCCAGCCCUCUAGAUGAGCCUUCAAGCAAAUAUCUGAAAGUUGCAUCUGCGGCUGCUGAAGAAAUUCCAUCUGAUGCUGAGUUGAAUGAAUUGGUAUCAGAGUCCGCUGAAGAUAUACUGCCUGAUAUUGAGAAGCAAAACAAAAUCGACAAGGAUCCAUGCUUAUCAGAUGUCUUUUGGCCAGAUUCUUUGGGACCGUUGGAUUUGGAAAUGCCUUCUUCUAGAUAUCAGGGGCAUGAUAUGAUCAUUGACGAGAGCAUUAGCCUUGGUGGUUUGAAUCGUUUAAUAGCUAGUAGCCUUGAUGCAUUCCAGAACUGCUCGUUCUUCAGCGUGGAUAGAAAAGAUAUACCAGCUAGUGAAUUUCAAGGAGCAUCAGCCUUAUUGGACUCUACACCAACCAGUGAAGAAUAGUUUUAAUCUGAAUGGUUAUGGUUUUAUGUGGCCUAAUUUGCGUCAAGAUUCUCUUGAAGAUGAGAUGACCAUGUCAUGGAGUUGCAUGCUUCCGCUGCUGUCUGUACCCCUUGUACAUAAAGCUCAUUGGAACUGGUGCAAGUUGAUAAUGUUUCUGUUCCACCUGUUUUGUACAUGAACUGUUGGUUCUACUGCACUGAACAUUCUAUGAAGGGCACUCUUUCACAGUGGAUGUGGUGGACAAUGGGAUUUGAUGAUCCUUAUGAACUUUGAGCUAGACUGGGCAGUGUAAAAAUGCUUUGGUGAUGCAAUGCAGUUCGCCAAAGUUGGGCCGUCCGAUGGGCGGGCAAUUACUUGUGGCCCCCCGUUUUGCAGCUUUUCUUGCUUGCUUCCUCCAAAUUUCUGUACUCCGCUUGGAGAGAUCUGUGUAUUCUGUUUUUAUGGUAUUGGAAUACUUAAUAACACAGGAAGGAUACUAACCUGAAUUCACUUGUGACGUGAUUCCAUUUC